CCUGGAGCCAGCUCGUGAGGCACUCUACCUCUAUGCCGACUCUAAGGCUGCGGAGACACCAAAAAGAGAUCAUCAAACUGCAGAAGGGAGACAACCCCCCCUACAAUGCCCUCAUCUACUCUGUUUCGCUUUCACAUGCGGAGCCGAGCUGCCGCUGCAUCUCUGGCUGCGAAAAAUCCAAAGAGAUGUCCGGUGCAAGUGGCCGCCAUAGGGGUUUUGCAUUGGAAGUGACAGCCCCCUAUGCGGCCACCUACACCGGGCCUGAGGGUUUUUUUCAGUAAUUAAGUUUGACAACUAUGUGGAGGAGUUUGUUGAGAAGUUGCCGAUCAGCCCGGAGCUGAGGUCCCUGAGGUCCUCACCAGAAGCCUCGGCAGCGUAAAGGCAGCAACCCCUCCGAACCAAAGGAUUCGGUCACUUAGACCAUCUUAGACCCGUUGAUCUCAGGACCAAUCCCAAGUCCCCACAAGUACCAGGAAUUGCUCCACCAUGUCAUGCCAUGUCUGCAGAGACGAAUGCGAAGAGAUCGCUUUCACGAUUUCUUCGCAUUCAUCCCAUGGAGAACAUGGGUCGAGGCCGAGAUCUUGGGAUGCUGUGGCUGGGCACGAAAGGUGAGAAGGUUGAAUGGCUGGAAGAAUGUUGUACUGAAUACAGCAUGAUCAACGGCUCCAGCCGGGAGCUGAUGCGUAACUCAGUUCCGACACCCUCAGCAGGUCCAACUCACCUCCAACACCGCAAGGAAAGGUCGGCUGAAGAAGAUGGAGACCGAACCGCCAAAAGAAGUGGUUCAGGGAGGAGAUCGAUGAGGAGAAGCAAGGACGAUGGAUCUUUUUUGCAGUGUCUUUGAGGUCGACUCAAAGUUGACUCUGCGGCAGGGCUGAGCAGGCGGUUUUCCUGGGCAGUCAUCUUACAGAUGGGUUA